AUGGCAGCUCUUGCAUCGUUACCGGAUGUAAAUACCGAUGCCUUUUCUGGCAUAUGUGGAACCAUUUCCAUUGUGACGUGGGUUGUGGUAUUCAACCCACAGGUUUACAAAAAUUUCCGUCGAGGUUCAUACCAUGGUCUAUCACUUCACUUCCUCGUGGUAUGGCUACUAGGCGACAUUUUUAAUGUCGUUGGUGCUGUACUCCAAGGCGUCCGGCCGACCAUGAUCAUCCUUGCCAUAUAUUUUACUGUGGCCGACGUAGUAUUGUUGGCUCAAUGCUUCUUCUACAGAGGCUUUACAUGGAAGGAUGAUAGUGCGCCACCACCCACGCUGAGGCCAAGCGAAACAGAAAAUCCGAACGAAAGGACAACACUACUCGAUGGGCACAUGAUAACUAACGAGAGAGAGCCUGCAAAUCCCACUACACAUACCUACUUAUGCAUGUAUGUAAGAAACAUGGCGAUGUCUGUGGAGGGACUGUCUGUGUUGUUUUUCCUUUUCGCUUGCUUGGGGAAUUCUACAUACUAUGUCUUAUCGAUUCUCGCGUUUGACUCGACUAGCGCUGUUUCAAAUAGCUGCCUUGAGUCCUGCGAAGCGCGAGAAAUCUAUGGUAGCCAUAUACUGGUAAACCUUCCCUGGUUGGUUGAUGGUCUAGGCACAAUGCUUCUUGAUGGGGCGAUUUUCGCCCAAUUCCUGCUUUACGGCGAAGUCAAGCCUGCUAUGGAUGAGGUAUAG